AUCCUCCUCACACUCUCCUAAUGUUAAACAAUGCCUCAACACUAAAUGGCUACACAAGCCCAUUGACACAUGACAGUAUUAGGAUUAAUGCUGUCAGUCGAUCUGGUGGCAAAGAGAAGCKCUUCCCGUGUUCAUUCUGUGGGAAAGCCUUCAGUUUCCCAAAACAGGUGCAGAUCCACCAGAGGAUCCACACAGGGGUAAAACCCUUCAGCUGUACCCAGUGUCACAUGUGCUUCGCUCAGACUGGUGACCUGAAGAGGCAUCAGAGGGUCCACACAGGGGAGAAACCCUACAGCUGCCCCCAGUGUGAGAAGAGGUUCUCCCGCAAGCACCAGCUGAAUAGGCACCUGAAGGUUCACACGGGAGAGAGGCCGUUCGCCUGUACACACUGCAGGAAGAGGUUCUCAGAGAGGAGCUACCUCAGGAUACACCAGCAGAAAGACCAUUCCACUCUAUGACAUAGAAAGGAACCGUAUCACUCAAUACCUUCUGAGGUUUAGAUCAAACCCAGCAUUAAAGAGAAUAAUAAUUGUCAUUGUUGUCAGCAGAAAAGAUCCACAGAUGCAUUUGGAAUAGCGAGAGUAACAGAUUUCAGUGUUUAAUAUUCUUUGGUAGAAUAAUGCAUCCAGACAUUGUGUGAUAUACUCUGUGUACAAAACAUUAAGAACACCUUCCUAAUAUUUAGUUGCACCCCCCA